AUGCAGCCCAAGAACGCGAGGCCUUACUACAAGAAAAUGUCCCAGGUCAAUCAGGAAUUUGUGCAGCGCAUUAAAGCCAUCCGUGAUGCCAGCACUCUAGAGGUUCCUGAUAACUUCAUAGACACCAUCAAUCGCUGGACCCUGGAGUCAGUCUCCGUCGUGGCAUUGGACAGGCAGUUGGGACUGCUGAAGGAGUCGAACAAAAGGAUCGAAGCCACAAAGCUUUUCCACUUCUUGGAAGAUUUCUUUAAAGUAUCUGCUGAUCUGGAGCUGAAGCCCUCCGCCUGGCGCAUGUUCAAAACGCCCAAACUGAUGAAAAUGAUGAACAUUCUCGACACCAUUCUGUACAUUAUAUCGGCAUAUAUUGAUGAGGCGGUAAAACGAUUGGAGAAGGAAGCCAAAGAGGGUGUUGUCCGUCCUGAGAACGAGCAGAGUGUACUGGAAAAGCUGCUCAAGGUCGACAAGAAGGUGGCCACAAUCAUGGCCAUGGACAUGCUAAUGGCCGGAGUGGAUACCACCUCAAGUACCUUUACAGCGGCCUUGCUGUGCCUUGCCAAGAAUCCGGAGAAGCAGGCCGUACUCCGAGAAGAGGUGAUGAAGGUUCUACCCGAGAAGGACUCCGAAUUCACUGAGGCAUCGAUGAAGAACGUUCCCUAUCCACGUGCCUGCAUCAAACAGUCACAACGGAUCUAUCCUUUGGUCAUCGGCAAUGGCCGAUUUCUCAAUCAGGACAGCGUUUUGAGCGGAUACCAAGUGCCAGCUGGUACCUGUGUGUCGAUGGUUCCCCUGAGCUUGCUAUCAAGCGAGGAGCACUUCCCCAAGGCUGCUGAGUUCCUGCCAGAACGUUGGAUUCGUAACGCCACAGACUCCAACGGGCAAUGCCCGGCAAAUGACUUGAAGCUGAAGAAUCCGUUUGUGUUCUUGCCCUUCGGAUUUGGACCCCGGAUAACGCUUUCCGCUCCUCCCUGA